AUGAUGCAGUGCCAAUGGGAUGACAUGAUGACGGAGGCGUUCCGCCGUGCUCAGAUGGCGGGCCGUGUGUUUCCGCAGCUGUGCGAUUUUCCUCCCUCCGUCCCCAGAGACGUCGCAGAGCUCAAGUACCUCAUGCCUCUUCGGGCGUUCAGCGAGGUCCGCCGCGGAAGUGCACCGACGCAUGCUGCUCCUCUGUGGUGCGGACCGCUAGAAUUGACUGGGUUCUCGGACUCGAUGGAGGACGAGGAGGAGUCGCUGUUCAUGACGUACGGCGGUGAUGCUUGGUCUGCUGCGCUGUUUGUGGCGUCGCACACCCGCAGCAGCGGCAACGGCGUUCGCUAG